AUGGCUCAACUGAAUUUUGCUGCUAUUGCCAACCAUCUUCACAGCGUUGAAAGUGAAGUCGCCUUGGUACCGAAUAUGGCACAGGUUGCGGGUUUUGCUACGAUGCAACAACAAAUCGAUGCUGCGCAACAAGAGAUGAAUGCCAAUCAUCUGGAGAUUGUUGCUCUUUUCGCUCAAGUUCAAGGCCAAAUUAGUCAAACCCAGAACGAGCAAUAA